GAAAAAGAAAAGCCUCAAUCCGUUUUCUCCUCCAACUAGACCAAAGAUAAGGAAGUUUGGAAAUAAAAUACACAACAACAAUAUAAUUAUCACUUUAACUAAAAAUUUCCCUUCUCUAUAUCUUCUUCUUCUUUUCUCCUCCUCCUCCAAAUAACAUCCUCAAAUGUCUUCAAAAAACAAGAAAAAAUGGAACUGCACCAAACUAUUCAUCACUUCCGAUGGAACUGGCUGUGGCUGUGGCAAGCCCAAGUUAUCCGAUAUUAUACAACCAGAUCCUAAGCCAAAACCCAAAACCACCAAUAAAACAAAAUCAAACAACACCAUUUCUCAAUCUUCUUCAAAUUCCAUAGAUUAUGAUAAUAAUAAUAAUAAUAAUAAUGAAGAGGAAGAUCAAAUAACUUCCACUACAUUUUCUAUCAACACUGAUUCAUUAUCUCCACAUGAUUCCAAAAUGGUGAGUCCUUGUCCUAAAAUCGUCGGAAGUGUCGCCGUCGUCAAGAAUUCCGACGACCCUUUUCAGGAUUUCCGGCAAUCUAUGCUGCAAAUGAUUUUGGAGAAGGAAAUAUACAAACAGGAUGAUUUGCAUGAGCUUUUGAAUUGUUUUUUACAGCUGAAUUCUCCUUCUCACCAUGAUAUUAUUAUUCAAGCUUUUAUGGAGAUUUGUAAUAAUGGGAAAUUUUCUCCUCUUCUUCUACAACCACAGUCGUCAUCACCAUCAAAACCUAGCUAACUUUUCUUUCUCUCUCUUGGCUCGCACGUGUUAGCGCCAUGUGAAUGCGUUGAAUUCACACGUGGGAACAUGUUCAUCAACUUAAUGCUUGUACAUCAUGAAUGCCGUCGUAAAUUGUUUGUCAUGAAACAACUAUUUCUAAUUGAUCUUUUUUUGUUUUUCAAAUACUUUAGUUUAAUUUUUUGUUUAUACAAAAAGGCAAAAGCUGGUCAAAUUCAUUAUUUACUAUACACUGGUUAACACAAUUAUACUAAUACUUUAAGCGGUUGGAUGUGCGAUUAUUUUG